AUGCUUGAGGAUGCAGGGGAGAGCAAGCCAACUCUCACCCUCAGACUCUUUAGAUUUGUGUGCAAGGCCUGGGCACUCCUGGCUCACAACUACAGCUUCCAGCUCAUGGCCCAGCCCUCCACCUCCUCCUGCAAACUCAGUCUGGCUUUCGAGUCCGGGAGGGCCCUCUCCAUCGAGAUCAUACUCGGGGUGCGACGGGGAGACUCUCUGGUCUUCCUGGCCAGCCACGGGGCUGAGACGGGCCACCCGAGCAGCACAGUCUGGCUAGAGAUCUUCGCUGUCCAGGAAAUGCUGUUCCUCCAGAUGGUGAGCAGGUAUGCCCCACAGGACAGCUGCCACCUGAAAUGCCUCCAGAUCCUCAUCCACCUCAAGGAAUGCAGGCUGCCCACCCUGGAGAACAGGAUCCUCACCACCUACAACUUCAAAACCGCCCUGAUGCACCUCCUGCUCUUCCUGCCUCUGUGGGCAUGGGGCCUGGAGCAGCUAGCUAAGAGGCUGCAGGGCAUCCUCUUGUACCUGCGCCGUUGCCUGGAGAAGAAACACCUCUACCACUUCCUGAUCGUAAACAGCGCCCUGCCCAGCCAGAUCCCUGUCCCCAAGGACUUUUGGAACGCCGAGCCCUUGAACCUCUUCCAGCACCUGGCACUGGAGCCUGCUGCUCAUGCCCAGGCAACGAGCGAGUUCCUGGAAGUGAUGGAGCAAGUGAGGGCUCUACUCCCACAGCGCAGCAAGUAG